GGAGCUAAUGGAACAACGGCUCUUGCAAACGCUACUAUCCUUGACGACCCCGUGAGCCACAUCCUGACGCAGGUGGAGGAACUGGAGAGUCUCGGGUGUCACCCUACGGCAGUGAAAGUGCCGGUGAGAGACGAGGUUGGCGACGACAUCGACGAGAUGAGCGUCUACCCGCGGUGGGUGUUGACGUCUCGCUGCGUGGAGGAGUGCAGCUUCUGCCGUGAUGACCACCAACUCUGCCUCCCCGCCCCUGGCGCCACCAUACUCAAAGCCUUCGCUCUGGCCUACCAGGGACCUAACAACGUCACACAGUUCCGUCAGCUGAGUGUUGUUCAACACACCUCCUGUCAGUGUCAACAACGCGCUGAUUAUCAGAAUUCCAAAAGUCGGAACACAUUACCUCAGCGCUCUGCAGGUGUCAUAAGUCUGGCAUCAUGAACACUUGCCUACUUUGUCAACUCGCCUUCGAGCUAUGGCUAUGGGUCAACUCCCUUACGAGCGGCGGCUGUGGGUCAACUUCCUUACGAGCAGCGCCUGUGGGUCAACUCCCUUAUGAGCGGCGGCUGUGGGUCAACUCCCCCUACGAGCGGCGGCUGUGGGUCAACUCCCCUACGAGCAGCGGCUGUGGGUCAACUCGCCUACGAGCAGCGGCUGUGGGUCAACUCCCCCUACGAGCAGCGGCUGUGGGUCAACUCCCCCUACGAGCAGCGGCUGUGGGUCAACUCCCCCUACGAGCAGCGGCUGUGGGUCAACUCCCCCUACGAGCAGCGGCUGUGGGUCAACUCCCCCUACGAGCGGCGGCUGUGGGUCAACUCUCCUACGAGCGGCGCCUGUGGGUCAACUUCCUUACGAGCGGCGGCUGUGGGUCAACUCCCCCUACGAGCAGCGGCUGUGGGUCAACUCCCCCUACGAGCGGCGGCUGUGGGUCAACUUCCUUACGAGCGGCGGCUGUGGGUCAACUCCCCUACGAGCGGCGCCUGUGGGUCAACUCCCCCUACGAGCAGCGGCUGUGGGUCAACUCCCCCUACGAGCAGCGGCUGUGGGUCAACUCCCCCUACGAGCGGCGGCUGUGGGUCAACUUCCUUACGAGCGGCGGCUGUGGGUCAACUCCCCUACGAGCGGCGCCUGUGGGUCAACUCCCCCUACGAGCAGCGGCUGUGGGUCAACUCCCCCUACGAGCGGCGGCUGUGGGUCAACUUCCUUACGAGCGGCGGCUGUGGGUCAACUUCCUUACGAGCGGCGGCUGUGGGUCAACUCCCCCUACGAGCGGCGGCUGUGGGUCAACUCCCCUAUGAGCAGCGGCUGUGGGUCAACUCCCCCUACGAGCGGCGGCUGUGGGUCAACUCCCCUACGAGCAGCGGCUGUGGGUCAACUCCCCUACGAGCGGCGGCUGUGGGUCAACUCCCCUACGAGCGGCGGCUGUGGGUCAACUCCCCUACGAGCGGCGGCUGUGGGUCAACUUCCCUACGAGCGGCGGCUGUGGGUCAUCUCUCCUACGAGCGGCGGCUGUGGGUCAACUCCCCCUACGAGCGGCGGCUGUGGGUCAACUCCCCCUACGAGCGGCGGCUGUGGGUCAACUCCCCUACAAGCGGCGGCUGUGGGUCAACUCCCCUACGAGCGGCGGCUGUGGGUCAACUCCCCUACGAGCGGCGGCUGUGGGUCAACUCCCCUACGAGCGGCGGCUGUGGGUCAACUCCCCCUACGAGCGGCGGCUGUGGGUCAACUCCCCGUACGAGCGGCGACUGUGAGUCAACUCCCCUACGAGCGGCGGCUGUGGGUCAACUCCCCUACGAGCGGCGGCUGUGGGUCAACUCCCCUACGAGCGGCGGCUGUGGGUCAACUCCCCUACGAGCGGCGGCUGUGGGUCAACUCCCCUACGAGCAGCGGCUGUGGGUCAACUCCCCUACGAGCGGCGGCUGUGGGUCAACUCCCCGUACGAGCGGCGGCUGUGGGUCAACUCCCCCUACGAGCGGCGGCUGUGGGUCAACUCCCCUACGAGCAGCGGCUGUGGGUCAACUCCCCUACGAGCGGCGGCCGUGGGUCAACUCCCCUACGAGCGGCGGCUGUGGGUCAACUCCCCGUACGAGCGGCGGCUGUGGGUCAACUCCCCGUACGAGCGGCGGCUGUGGGUCAACUCCCCUACGAGCGGCGGCUGUGGGUCAACUCCCCUACGAGCGGCGGCUGUGGGUCAACUCUCCUACGAGCGGCGGCUGUGGGUCAACUCUCCUACGAGCGGCGGCUGUGGGUCAACUCCCCUACGAGCGGCGGCUGUGGGUCAACUCUCCUACGAGCGGCGGCUGUGGGUCAACUCCCCUACGAGCGGCGGCUGUGGGUCAACUCCCCUACGAGCAGCGGCUGUGGGUCAACUCCCCUACGAGCAGCGGCUGUGGGUCAACUCCCCUACGAGAUGCUCGGUCAACUCGUCUGAACUGGUCGACGUAACUACCAGUACAUCUUAACAAAUGGAUCAUCUAUUAUUGACAUUUCCUGACUGAUGUACUUUGUCACAUUACAAUUGUUGGUUUGUGUAAUAAAAAUAUUGUAUAUAAUUGGUAAUGUUUUC